AUGUUAGCAAAAAAGUUAGCUUUAGCAAGAUCUUAAGGGAAGCCAGAUCCUUUCAAGAAAGAUGAAUUCCCUUUAUUAUAACAUAUAGCAGUUGAAGUUGUAUCUUAGAAUUAUAUUCUGUAUCCAGAUUUAAAAGGAGUGCCAGAAAAUGUUAGAGAUACUAUAAUAUCGAAAAUAACAACUGACUUGGAUAUAUUAACUAUGGCUCCUAACAUUGAUUAAGAGAGCUUUUGGUAACGUGCUUGCAAAAACAGAUGGGAAAAAUCUUAAAAAUCAAUUAAUAUUGAAGAGCAUGGACGCUCUUGGAAAGUUGCUUAUUUGGAACGUUAUAUGGAAGAAUUUUUAACAAAUAUAUAAAAUGCGGAUGAUCCUAAUAAAAAAUAAAUUCUCUAAGCAGAAUUAAAAGCAGCUGCUAGCUGGAUACAUACUCUUAAUCUUUAAAAUAUCAAUUAAAAUAUAGACAUAGAUUUUAUUUGCAAGUAUCUUCCUCUACUUACAUCCUUGACCCUCACUUAUGGUACAAAAUAUUCAGGAAUGGAUUACAAUAAACAGUCUGUUGGCAUGAAGCUUUCAGAAGCAGCUAAUCUUGGAGAAGCUAUUAAGAAUUGCUAUUCUUUACUGUCAUUAAACAUUAGUGCAAAUAUGAUAGACGAUGAUCUUUUGAGAUUUAUUAUGGCAGGAGUAAAUAUGAAUAUUUCCUUAAUAGAACUCAAUCUAUCUCACAAUAAAAUUGAAGAUUAAGGAGCUAGGAGAAUAGCUAAAUUUUUAAUGAGAAAUGAGAUUUUGUUAUAUCUUAAUUUGGGUAAUAACUUAAUUGGAUAUGAAGGGUCGAGAUACUUGGCAUAAGCACUUAAAGUAAAUAAAAAUCUCUAAAGUCUUAAUUUAAAACUCAACAAUCUUGGAGAUAAGGCAGGUAAGAAGCUCUUUUAAGAUUUGAUGCUUAAUAAAACUCUACUAGAGUUAGAUGUUUCAGGAAAUUAGUUUGAAUUUGAAACUGCUUUGAAAUUAAGUGAUUAUGUUGCAGAUAGCAUGUGUGGAUUAAAAGUUUUAAAUAUAGCAAAUAAUGAUUUUAAUGACAGUUGUUACGAAAAUCUUAAAACAGGAUUUACAAAGAAUUAUUCUCUAGCUAAGUUAGAUUUAAGAGGUAAUAAAUUUAGUAAAACUUAAGAGGAAAAAGAACAAGAGCUAAAAGAUCCCUUUAGAAUGUUCAAUCUUUCUUAAACCGAAAAAGAAUUAACUUAAAUUAUUAUUAGGCAUGAUCUCACAGCCUAAAAAAUAUAAUUCUUUAGUGAGUCUGACCUAGAUAAAAUAAAGUAGUUAAAGGAACUUCAAGGAGCAAAGUAAGAACCUGAGAAAGUUAUUUAGCAAGAUUAAAAUAAAGAAUGA